GAGAGAAAUACAGAAAAUUUCUUCCCAAACAAUUCUUUCAUGAUAUCAGAGCCAAAACCUAGAGGAUUUUCGCGGUUACUGUGCACGAUCGCCCGGCAUCGCGUCCAGCGGUCGUCACUUAGUGGUGUUGCCGAAAGACCGGAACGAUCGACCGUCAGAGAGGAACGGUCGAAGGAGUCGACCGUCCCGACGGCAGAUUCUUCAGUUGCUGCAGCUGUUCGAUCCAUUAUAAGCCCGUGUCAUCUGGUAUGUCUGAAGAGGCAUCCAUGAAGAUAACUCUCAACAAGAAUGAGGAAGAAGAGAAAAAGGGAUAUUCGCCGUUGCCCAAUUUCGAGGAUCUGACUAUGGAACAGUGGAACGCUGUUCGUCACGCCCUUACACUAUCCCCUACAGACAUCAAUCAGAAACUUACAGGUGAAAUCCCAGAUGAGAGUGGAUCGAAUAGUUCCCCUUUGAUCGAUCACUUCGAAGAUGAUGAAGCGAUGCCGGCGGAAGAGCAGCUGGACCGUUCCACGAGGAACGGUCGACCGGAGGAGACUAGUGAGGCAGGCGAGCUACAGGCGGUCGACCGGGUAGACCGUCCUGAUGUCCACGGUCGACCGUCCGAGAGGCAGAAAGACGGACCUCUCGGAGUGCAACCAACGGUCGACGUGGUGUACCGUUCUGAUGACCACGGUCGACCGUCUGAAGGGCAGAAAGAUAGGCUCCAGAGGGAUGAUGAAACGGUCAACCGUGAAGAGGAGAACGGUCGACCGUCUCUGAGGCAGAAAGAAGACGCUCAGGAAUCCUUUCAGACGGUCGACCCCGUGGACCGUUUCACGGAUGGCGGUCGACCGUCCUCUCCCCCGAAAGUAGCAGAGACCUUGGGACGUGAUCAACGGGAAAGGCGCCCAAAUGAGUCUCAAUUUGUGAGAUCUUAUAUAUAUGUCCUCAUUGUAAAUUGUAAACGCAAGAGAGAAAUAUAGAAAAUUUCCUUCCAAACAAUUCUUUCAAUGUUUCUGGUCCACAAUCAAAAACAUGAAUUUUUAGUUGAAUUGAUUCUUUGACGGCAGAUACGAUAAUUACAAGAGGGUUGGAAAUUGAAAUAGUCAUAAACAAGUGGGAGUAAU